AUGGCCGUAGCCGGCGUGCUCCUGCUGCUGUUGGCGGCGCAGGCGAGCGCCAUGGAUUUCGGCGAGUCGGACCUCGCGUCGGGGGAGUCCCAGUGGGCUUUGUAUCAGCGUUGGCGCGUGCAGGACACGGACAUGGCCAUGUCCAGCGACCGCUUCACCGUGUUCGUCGAGAACGCGCACCUGGUCCACGACUUCAACGCCCGCCGCGAUGCCCCCUACAAGCUCUGGCUCAACGGCUUCGCCGACCUCACCGCAGAAGAGUUCAGCCGUGCCUACGCCUCCUCCCGCGUCUACCACCUCGAGCCCAACGACAAUGUGUGGGUAGUCAGAAAGUGGGGAGGAUGUGAGAUGGCGGGUCCCGAUGCCGAGCCCGCGACCGAGAGGGAGCUGUCCAAGGGCUCCGCGGCGGAGCGCGCGGCGAACCAACCGUCGAGGAAGAAGUAG